UUCCCAUAUUCCUAUGAUUUGAAAACAAGAGCAAUAAUUUUAAACAUUGAGUCAAAUUGCUGUCCGGAGUGCUGCUUUGUGUUGGUAAGUGCAGGAGGGACCUGGGAAAAUGGGAAUAAUCUGAAAUUAUCAGCUCCUCAAACCUGGCGAUAAAUCUUUGUGUCCCUCCUAAGGCAAAGUCCCACUGAAAUGCCACCUCCUCUCCCCGUGUUUUGAAGUUCACUGUCUAAUCCCCACAAGAUCCCCAGGAUGGAGUUGCUCUGGGCUAGAGGCAGGGCUGAACCAUCUGGGAGUCUGCUGCUGGAAUGUGCAGGACUCCCAGCAGAUUCUCCUCACAGCCAGCAGGCAGUGUUCAAUCUGAAGGCAAUAAUCCUGCAAACAUGUCCCAUCAGGGUUCAGGUGGCAUCCCAUAUCCAGAAGAAACUGAAGCCUCAGAGGAUAUCCUUCCUGGUAACCUGGCUACAGAGUGGGAAAUAGAUGUCCCAUGUUCCCCAAGUCCAGUAAAGCUCCCUCAGAUUGUGUUUACUGAGCUGACAUCUGGGUCUUGUACUCCUACUGUUGAAGUCAUGGAGCAAGAGGGAACAGCACCAACUGCCACACACGACAGCAACAUGGAGAACGGAGAAACAGCUGGAAGGGGCCUGGGCUCUGUCUCACUGCAGGGUCAACUUACUGUGCCCAGCUCCGAGGCCUGGGCACAGUUUGUGCCGUCUGCGAUCGUGUUGGAAGAGUUCAUGAUGAUUGAAGCUGCCCUAAAGCAGUCUGACCAGACUCGAUCCCAGUCCCCUCCUCCCGACCGGGAAAACCCCAAGGCAAAAGAAAUCCUGGAAGAGAUUCUCGAAAACCCUGCAGCCGAGAUUUCCACUGGGGAAGCACCUUGCAUUGAAGAUGCUGCAGAAAAUGUAGCUUUUAUGAUAACAGAAAACCAGAUCCAGGCCUUAUCCCAAAGGGAAGUCCAGGAAAUUGUUAGUGAGAAAGGUGAGGAUAUACACACCUGGAGUGUUUCCUCAGUGAAGGAAGACCUCUCCGGAGAUCCCUCUCUAGAUCCCUCAGAAGGUCUAUCCAACGGAAAAGGCCCCCUUGUCUCUUUGGACAGUAAACCAGUUGUUGUCAUAUUUGAAGAACCCAUGGACAUCAAAACAGCUUACAAAAGGUUGUCAACGGUAUUCGAAGAGUAUGAUGAAGAAUUUCAAACAAUGUUGGGAGAAAAAGCUUCCAGUCAACAAGCACAAACAAUCCCAUUUGAAGAGCAAAUGGCAACAUUGAUGUUGUCUGCUGUUUCUGAGGGAGUCAAUGAGCCUUCCAAGGAAGACUGCACAUCAGUGAGUGAGUCAGAAGGAGAUCUGAAACAUGGUGAUGACACAGCUUCAGAUGAGAAAGCUUUGCAUCCCAUUCCAAAUGUUACAUCCCCAGAGACUGGAAAUGACAACUCAAAGAAUGUUAAGAUUCGGUUUCCCAAGCAACGGCUGAACGCAUUGACAAAAGCCAUUGAGUCAGGAUCAAAAACUGGACGGAAAAUCUUGCAAGUAGUUGUUUACGAAGAGGAGGAGAAGAUAAACAAAGUAACAGGUGAAAGGCAAACGGAGGUGAAAAAAUAUGAACUCAACCAGAUCGAGCAGAGCCAGGGUAGGACUUCGAAAACACAAAACACAAGCACAGGCUAUUCCAGGUCAGAGGAAAUCAAGAACAGCACGUACAAAACAAUGGACAGUCUGGAGGAGACCAUCAGAGAAUUGGAAUCCACCAUCACCCAAAUCAGCCAACACCCAAGCAGUGAGUUCACAUUUGCCAAAGAAUGUUUCACUGUCCCCGACGUCAGUGAGCCCGGUGGAGAGCAGGUGGAAGAGCCCGGUGAAGAGCAGUGUCCUGCUGCUUGCCAGCCUGAUGUCGAAAAGGAAGAUGAUGUGCCAAUCCUGAUGGACCAACCGUCCAGCUCGCUAACGAGCCUGUCUCCAAGUUUGAAAGUCAAGCCAGCCCUACUCCCAAAGCCCCAGCUCCCACCAACAGAAGCAAAGAUUGGGAGCAAUCCCUCACUGCAAAGCCGCAUUGCAAUUCCAGCUUCUCCAAAACUCAAGCAACCGCACAGCAGCAGCAGCAGCGAGAAACUGAAACAUAACAAACAGCGGGAAGAGUAUCUAAGACUACAGAGCCAACAAGGCAGCCAGCAGGUAGUUUACUUCUAGACAACAAAUAAUGCCCAGUGCUCAUCUCUUCAGUUUUCCCGUCCUGUAACAGUUUAGGGACUUUUCUGUUGUCAGGGCCAAAGGCUUGGCAGGCCUUCCCCACUCUGACCAGACUGCCUCCAGAAGUCGGUGUCCGAGACUCUAUGGAGGGUCUCUGCUGGUGGGGCUAUUAAACGAACGUUCUUCUUUGGAGAUACUGCUGCUAAGGGACCUUGUCCUGCUUCCAGUUUCUGAUCUAGGUCCCCUUCCUGUUUCAGCCAGUUUUCCCAUUACUUUAACUCACCUCUGUUAAAAAGUAUGUUCCUUAUCCCGGAACCAUUCCUGCCCAGCCUCCAGCCUCCCUGCUAUUGCUUGCUUUCGUACAUGAAGCCAGUACAACGCACACUCGUUGCUGCUAAUGAAUCCCAACAAACUCUACACCCCAGCCCCUUCCCUGUCAUCCCAAAAUGUCUCGCUUUGUUCCUGCUGCUGCUGCUGCCACUUGUGCUGGUUCCCUGUGGCUUUAGAGUCUUUAAAGAGCUUCCAUUUCAUCAGCUUUAAGCAACGCGAUCUUCUGCAGUCACCACUCCCUUUCCUAGUCUCCCCCCCCACCCCAUUUCUUCCUCCCCUCUCCCUCCCUUCCUCACUCUGUGUCCAGUCGAGGGGAUUGUGAGAAGAGGACCAUGGAGAGUGUUCAUCGUGGAGCUCCAAUGCUUCUGCUCUCAAUCACUAUCUGCUAAUCCGUCACCUGCUUUGAUCCAGAAUACAAACUGGUGUCCGAGCUGUAGUGUGUCAGUUUGUAUAUUAAUAGUGGAAACAGCACAAGUGAUUGAUGGAUAUAUCACAGUAGAAUAGAUGUGAAAAUUAUGAAAUAUUUUGUAAAAAAUGAAAACCAAAAAAAAUUCUCAUCCUGUUUCUCUCUUUCUAAAUUUAGUCUCUAUAUCUUCUUUUACACUUUAUCACAUGAAUUCAGGCCCAUGAUCUCAUUUACACAGGUCAGCAUUGAGCGACUGUUUCAUUCCUAUAAUGCCAUGCAAUCAGUGGUUAGUACAUUGCAAACCAGUUGCCUCAUUUAUUACAUCGAAUGCUCUGAGCUGGGUGGAAUGUUGGCAGUUUGAAGUUUGCAUUGGUUCUCAGAAUGUCGAUCCCCUUGUAAGGAGGGGCAGAAUGUCCCUUCACCUGUGCUCUCCAAAUGUUUUGGUAUGAUCUUAUUUUACUGCCCCAAGGGCCUCCCAUUCCCGUGGAGGUGAGGGGGUCAGCACUGUACUCACCAACUGCAUCCAUAAGCUGCGACUGAGCUAGCUUCUUCCACCAGUCCUUGGUCUAAGUUUUCAUUUUAAAGGUGGCUCCUGAUCACCCUAUUCUUAUAAAGAUUUUUAAAAGUUUAAUUUGCAAAAUUAAAUUUGAGCACAAUAUUAUGAUCAAAUGAAAGCUCAACUCUGACAAACAGUCAUGCUAUGUAGAAUGCAAAUGUGAUUAUGAGACUCAGCUGCCAUUUUCUUACACAUCCAGCCUUCUACCCACUCCUUCUCUCUUGCUGUGUCUCUCAGUUACUUUUGCUCCCCACUCACUUUCUCUGCUCACUUCCUCUUACCUGAAUACUCACGCAGUUGCUUUAACACAGUACAGCUCUGAAACACAGUUUGUACUUGAUGUUGAUUUGAAUACUAGCCCACAGAAUGGCCCAGGCUUGCUCAGUGGGUGAAAUACCAUGAACUGAAAAACUUUACCUUAAAAUAAAUAAAAUUAAAUCCAUGAGAAGAAAUAAUAUUUAUGAAAGCACAGGAUUUGAAAAUAGAGAAUAUGAAGAAUGAUUUAUUUCUGUUAAAUCGAUAUCUAGAGCUGCAGAGUAUAUAUAUAUAUAUAUAUCACUGGCAGAAUCAAUGUUCACUUAUUCUUUUUGUAUAUUGUCUUAAAUAGUUUUUUGUACAAAGAAUAGUAUUCAUGAAGCAAUUAAUUGGAAUUGCAGGAAGUUUCUUUACAUUUUAAGUGAAGUCUUUUAACACUUUGUAUUAAGUUUAUGUGAGUAUUGACUCCUUUGAUGUAUGACUAUUCGUGUUUGAAUGUGAUCCAAGAGGGCGAGUUUGGUUUGGACCUGAUAAGCUCCGACUUUAUAAUUGAGCCCACUCUCAAUCACACUUCCUUAAUACAAUCUCACAGGGGCCAGCGUUUUCUUGAUGUGGGAGUUCAGCUCUGAUUGUUACAAAGGCUUCCUCCUGAUUCCAUUUAAAACCUUUCUUCCCUCCCCCCCCCCCACCCCCCGCAAAAACGGGAAAGAUUUUUCUGUUUAGUAAAACUGCUUAUAUUGUUUUAAAAGGUUGGGUGGGUGGAGUUUUGUUUUGGAGUCCUGGUGUUUGGUUCGCUGUUGGUCAAUCUGCACUCGAUCACAAGAUGCAGACUUUCACUGAAAGCGUGAGUGGGGGAAGCUUUUAAAAAUUGUGUAUAUUUGUUUAAUUUUGUGGAAGGCCUGUCAACCAAUCAUUUCCCCCCACUGUCCCAGUGAGCGGUAAUUCACUAUCUUAAUGGAAAUUAAUGCAAAAAAAAUUUUCUUCUUGCUGUGCAUUGACUCCCUUCCAAAUGUGUUAAGUCUUGUUUGUGAAAGGUGCACAGACCAAAGUGAACUUAAUGUGCAACAGGACGUCAAAGAAUAAUGAUCCACCAGUUUAAAUCAUUUCAUAAUAAAUCCUGUUUGUUUGGGGAGAGAGGAAUACAGUGGCCUCAUUUCUUACAGAUUUAUUUUCUUCAGCAAAUGAUUCCAAAUCUCCACUCCAGAAAAUGACAGCCUACCUGGGGUGGUUGAAGCAUCAGUGUUCCAAGUGUGCUUUGAAUGGAUACAUCCUAUACAGACCUGCAGUUAGCCAGUAAGGACUAGAUUUUGGUAUUGGUCCAAUAGUGUUUCUGCAACUAAGAAAAGAAUUGGCUAGGGUGAGGUGUGACAUGGAGGGGGGAGGUUUAAAUAAUUACAUUUUCUUACCUCAAGGAACUGUAAGUGUUCACAGUAUUAGCGAGUUUUGAGAAGAUUUGUAGCUCAGGUUGAGGUUCUGGAUGUAAGAUUGCUCACUGAGCUGGAAGGCUC